AAAAGACUUUAGAACUAACUUGUUCGAACGUGUGAAGUGACCAUUUGCCCCAUCACAUGAAAUAAAGAACCGUUUGGUUGUUUCAUCUCUGUUGAUGUUGGUUUUCCCGUUCGCACUCCCGUCUCUUUGGAUGCACGUUGAUUCUGCAUCCUCGGAAGCGCGUUUGAUCUAAAACCAUAAACCUGUCAUUAGAUUAGAUCUCCUUCCCUUCAUCUAACCUCUCCUCCCAUCCGAUCUAGUUUCCGAAUCCAAAAUGGCGACGAUGACGAGCUUGAUCGGUCUCAUCAAUAAGAUCCAGCGAGCCUGCACCGUCUUGGGCGAUCACGGCGGCGAAGGUUUGUCGCUUUGGGAGGCUCUUCCCUCCGUCGCCGUCGUCGGUGGACAGAGUUCAGGGAAAUCGUCGGUGCUAGAAAGUGUGGUCGGAAGAGAUUUUCUGCCUCGUGGAUCUGGUAUUGUUACACGGAGGCCACUAGUGCUGCAACUUCACAAGACGGAAGAUGGGACACACGAGUAUGCUGAGUUUCUUCACUUACCGAGAAGGAGAUUCAGUGACUUUGCUGCUGUGAGGAAGGAAAUAGCAGAUGAAACAGAUCGUAUAACUGGGAAGACAAAACAAAUUUCUAACAUUCCAAUUCACCUAAGCAUUUAUUCUCCAAAUGUUGUAAACUUAACCCUCAUAGAUCUUCCUGGGUUAACAAAGGUUGCAGUAGAGGGACAACAGGAGAGUAUUGUUCAAGAUAUUGAAAACAUGGUCCGGUCUUAUGUUGAAAAGCCAAACUGCAUUAUCUUAGCUAUCUCUCCUGCAAAUCAAGAUAUUGCCACGUCAGAUGCCAUAAAAAUGGCAAGAGAAGUUGACCCAUCAGGUGAAAGAACAUUUGGUGUUGUUACCAAACUUGACCUUAUGGAUAAAGGAACCAAUGCAGUUGAUGUUCUUGAGGGAAGGCAAUACAGGCUGCAGCAUCCAUGGGUUGGAAUUGUGAACCGUUCACAAGCUGAUAUUAAUAGAAAUGUUGACAUGAUGGCUGCUCGUAGGAAGGAACGUGAAUAUUUUGAGACAAGUCCUGAAUAUGGACAUUUGGCACAUAAAAUGGGCUCAGAAUAUCUUGCCAAGCUUCUAUCUCAGCAUUUGGAGCAAGUUAUCAGGCAGAAGAUACCUAGUAUUAUUGCCUUAAUCAAUAAGACUAUUGACGAGCUUAAUGCUGAGUUGGACCGUAUUGGCAGGCCAAUUGCUGUGGACUCAGGGGCCCAACUAUACACUAUUUUAGAGAUGUGUCGUGCAUUUGACAAAGUAUUUAAAGAACACUUGGAUGGAGGACGUGCUGGUGGUGACCGGAUAUAUGGAGUUUUUGAUCACCAAUUACCGGCUGCUUUAAAAAAGCUCCCUUUUGAUCGCCAUCUUUCCUUAAAAAAUGUCCAAAGAGUUGUCACAGAAGCUGAUGGGUAUCAGCCCCAUCUAAUUGCUCCAGAGCAGGGUUAUAGAAGACUCAUUGAAGGGUCUAUUGGAUAUUUCAAAGGCCCAGCUGAAGCCUCUGUGGAUGCUGUCCACUUUGUUUUAAAGGAACUUGUGCGGAAGUCAAUUGCAGAAACUGAGGAACUAAAAAGAUUUCCAACACUUUCAAGUGAUAUAGCAACUGCUGCAAAUGAGGCUCUGGAAAAGUUCCGAGAUGAAAGCAGGAAGACAGUUCUACGGUUGGUUGAUAUGGAGUCUAGCUAUCUAACAGUGGAAUUUUUCAGGAAGAUUCAUUUUGAACCAGAAAAGAAUCCAAAUGGACCACCAAAUCGGAAUGGUCCUCCGGGACCUCCCCCCAAUAUGGACAGUUAUACUGACAAUCACCUGCGCAAAAUUGGAUCAAAUGUAAGUUCCUAUAUCAAUAUGGUUUGCGAUACCCUUAAGAAUACUAUACCAAAGGCCGUGGUUUAUUGUCAAGUUAGAGAGGCGAAGAGAUCAUUGUUAAACCACUUUUACGUUCAAGUUGGGAGGAAGGAGAAGGAGAAAUUGGGUGCUAUGUUAGAUGAAGACCCAGCCCUUAUGGAAAGGAGAAAUCAAAUAGCUAAAAGGCUUGAAUUAUACAAGCAAGCUAGGGAUGAUAUUGACUCCGUGGCAUGGAAAUAAUGACAUCCCAGAGUUUGCAACAGACGUUGCAUGGAAGAUUUGUUAUAGAUUUUAUAUUUUUUCUUCUAUUUUUUAAGCAAACACGAACAGAAAAGUCUACGAUUAUGGCAAGAAGUUGAAUUCGCACUUGCGUGUAAUUCUUUUGGCCCAGUAUAUAAAGCAUCCGAGGUCUAUGUUGUGAUUUUAUGUAACUUACUAGUUGUUGGUUAAAAAUGUUUGGUUUAUUCGACCAUAUUGAUUAUUUUUGAAUGACUCAUUUUGUUAGUCACU